GCUUUUUGGAUCAAUGUAGAACUAUGAUAGAUGAAGGCAUUUUCCUAGCCGCUUUGGGAAGCCCAGGAUGCCGGCGACUUCGCCGGAUGGGCGCACGAAGUUGGCUAAACUGAAGCCAAAAGGAAGCCCAGGAAAACUCGCCAACUCUGGGUCUGGAACAGGCUUGCAGUCCGACAUUGAUUGGAGGGUUUUUGGACUUGACCUGGAGUCCGGCUCAACCGGUGCUGCCAGAUCACCAGUGCCUCCACCACCGAGGCUUGGAAGUUAUCCCGGCGGCGGGCCACCGAAGCGUAGCACAGCCGGAAUCAAAUUGGAUAGCUUAGACACCCCCGCGGCCUUCGAUUCCGUGGACUUAUCGCACUUGAGAUCUGCUGUGAAGCGAUCGCCUGGUUAUCAGGAGCAGCUGCCAUCACUCCUCAAUCUGCUAGAAGAACGAGGGGUGGACUAUGGUCGGCUCAACCUGGAUCGGGAUGUGCAGCUCCCUUUGGAGGCCUUUGAGGACACGACCAUGUGGACUCGAACGCCAGAGGAGUGGCAGCUGCUAAUGCGCGACCUCACGGGUCAAACAACUCCGUUGGCUUGCACGGCGUUGAGGACCAUGGAGGACGGCAGUGGCCGGUGGCAGUCAGCAAGUGUCCUAAGCUGGGACGCAGCUAGCCAGCGCUACAAUGUGAAAUGGGCCAAUGGACAAGAGGACAAGGUCCUCAGCCUCCACGUAUUUUUUGAGGGCGAUGACCCUAUCCUUUUUGCGGACCGUUUGAAACAGGCACUACAGAAUCGGAGAUAUGCAAACAGCCUCCUCAAGUAUCACUUUUUUGUCGACAGUAUGCCAGAAGAUCAUUCCCGGAAGAUUGGUCGCGAGUCAGUGGCACGGAUUUCCAAGCUGGCAAAGGGUAUGCUGUGGGAUGCCAACAGCGAAUUUGCCGACAAGCUGAAUGGCAAGUUGGAGACUUUGUUGCAAGAUGCACAGAAGGAGUAUGUGCGUGUACAAAACUUGAUUACCUUUGAAAAGGUGCGCAGCCAAGGGAACCUCACAGUUCUUCCCUCAGACCUAGUGUUGCCGCCACCUCCGGAAGCAUCUCCUGUUCCCUUUUUGGCCGUGAAGGUUCUACCUUCUUGGGACACCAAUACCAUGGGCGCUCCGGAUCCACAAGUCCCACGUGGCUUCCGGCAAGCCUUUGAGUGGUUUUGCAAGGCCUCCUUGGUCAUUCGGCCAGAGGUUUGUGCUGCCUUGCAGGUGACCAGAGGGAUGUGUCUGGAUUUGCUCACUGAGAAGGUCUUUGAGACGAACUUCAACACAGCCUUGCGCCUCCAGGAAUUCUCCGAAAGACAGGAGGCCUCCAUAAUGCGCCUCAAAGGUCGACUGGGGAUGUGGGUGAACACCAUCCGCAUGCGAAUAACACAGUGCUUGCAGCAGGCAACAGUGAAGUGGUAUCACUUGAACGAGACAUCCAUUGAGAACUACAAGGCAAGCCGUUUGCGGCCAAUGCUUGUUUGCAGUGGUCUCAUGAUGUCAAAUGCCUUUUUGCUGCUGGCCGAGGAGAAUCUCUACUCCUUCGUCCAAGUGCUGGAAGGCCUCACCCCAUUACGGGUUGAUCUCACAAAAGACAGACAUGUCUUGCGAACCUUGCGCAACAUUGUGCGACCAGAUCCCAACAAAGAGGAAAUCGCCGUGGAGCCUAGCUUCAAGAAGGCGCUCUUUAAGGUAGAAAUUGUAGUCAAUCCUCAGAUUGCGGCCAAAGCAGCUGCAGCAGCAGAAGCCGCCGCUGCCGCAGCGGCAGAUGACAAGAAGAAAGAUGAUAAGAAAGGAAAAGAGAAAGGGAAGGAAGAAGAAAAGAAACCAGAAGAGCCUCCCAUGUUGCACUUCUCUUACAAGACUGACCUUGGGGAGUUUAAGCAGGUAGUGCUCAGCAUGUUCGAAAAGGGCAUGUCUUCUUUCAGAGAUGUUCACAGCAUUGAGAGCGUGCUGCUACCCCAUUUGAUUCGUGACCAUCAUCUGGACCCUAUCUUCUCACCAAGCGACGCUUGGGUCGAAGAACUCCGCGUGCGUUUAGAGGAGACCAUGGCCAAGCAGGAGCCGUGGCUACAAGACAUUCUGCAAUCCUUGGAGAGCUUCAAGGACGUUGUCCUUAUGGAUCCAGAGGCCGCGGCUGCCCGCCUGCGUGCGGAGCCACAACCGCCCGCACAGGUCAAGGCAAUGAUCGAAGAGAGGAAGGAGCGAAUCAAGCAGAUUCAAGAGUCUAUUCCGGAUGACAAGGAAUCCAUCACGAUUGGCUUCUAUCGCAUUGAGUCUGGUGGCAUCCGCAACCAACUCAUUGAGAAAUUAGAGACGUCAAUGCAGCUCUUGCUCAAGUCUCUAGCAGAGACGUUGGAGGUCAACAUUCAUGAAGCCACAGUGGCCUUCGAAGGCAUUUUCACCAAACUCCAAACACAGGUUGCAACGAUUGAAGAGUGCUCUGACAUGAAGGACUUCUUGAAGUCGAUCCCCAACGAGCUGACCAAGCUUGCGGGUGCAGUGAAUGAGGCGAUGCAACUUACAGACUUGGUUGAGGACCUCCGCUACGAGCUCCCGGCCGAAACCCUGGAAGCUCGUUGGGAGAUGUUUGGCUCAUCUGGUCUUGUCAAGUCCAGGGCAGCCAAAUGCAUGGAGUACCUGAACACUCAACACGAUUCCUUCCUGCAGUCUCAAGAGUCAGAACAGAAGGAGUUUGAUCAAAGACUUGUGAGACUGGAGGAGGUGAUCGAAGGUUUCUCCCAGUACAAGGAUCUUGGCCAAGUCAGAGAAGUUGCUGAGAAGGUGCGGGCAACAUCUGAAGAGAUCAAGCAGUGCCAGGACUUGGUUCGGCUCUACAACUCUCGAGAGGUGCUGUUUGAUCGGGACCAGACGGACUACUCGAACCUUCAGACCAUGAUCAAAACCUUUGAGCCCUACAACAACCUUUGGAAGACUGCUGGAGAUUGGGUGAGCAACAAAGAGGCCCGGCUCGGGGGCCCCUUCGAUGAAAUCGAUCCUCGAUAUUGUGAGAAUGAGGUGACAAACGGCAUCCGGCUUCUUUUCAAGACCAUCCGCACUCUCAAAGAGAACGAAGAGACAAAGUCCAUCUGCGGCAUUGCAGAGCAAAUCAAGACCGAGUUGGAAGAGUUCAAGCCCAAUCUUCCCCUGGUGACUGGCCUUCGCAAUGAGGGAAUGCGCCAGCGUCACUGGGAACAGAUUUCCGAGAAGUCAGGCGUGCAGGUUGGGCCUGGCAUGGAUGGAGGCUUUACUUUGCAGAGGAUGUUGGACGCCGGGCUAUUGAACUUCGCCAACGAGGUCGCAGAAGUCGGUGAUCGAGCGGGCAAGGAGUAUGGCCUUGAGAAGACCUUGAACAAGAUGAAGGCAGACUGGGAACCGUUGAACUUUGAUCUCUCGGAGAAGUACAGGAAAACUGGCACCUAUGUUUUGAAAGGAGAUGGAGAGGCGAUGGUCCUGCUGGAUGAGCACAUUGUCACCACACAGGCCAUGAUGUUCUCCACCUUCAAAGGACCUUUCGAGGAAGACAUCGAUGAGUGGAAUACAAGGCUCAUGCGCGUGUCAGAGACCUUGGAAGAAUGGCUCAAGUGCCAGAAAGCUUGGAUGUAUCUUCAGCCAAUUUUCGAUUCGGAUGACAUCAUGCGACAGCUCCCGACAGAAGGGAAGCGCUUCAAACACGUCGAUGCGACAUGGCGCCAGGAGAUGAUCAACACCAGGGAGAACCCCAAGAUCAUCGACAUUUGCGCGACUGAAGGGCUGCUGGAAAAGUGGCGAGAAUGCAAUAUCACACUGGAUAUGGUGCAGAAGGGCUUGGAGGACUAUCUUGAGACAAAGAGGAAUGGCUUUGCCCGUUUCUACUUCCUUUCGAAUGAUGAGCUCCUGGAGAUCCUUUCGCAGACCAAGGACCCGACUCGAGUGCAACCAUUCUUGUCCAAAGUCUUUGAAGCCAUGUCCAAAGUGAACUUCACGCCCGACAAUGAGGUCGUAUCCAUGAUCUCACCAGAAGGCGAGACCGUUGAGAUGGUCGCCCCGGUUGUGACCCACCAAAAGGCCGUUGAAGUCUGGAUGGGUGACCUGCAAGAUGGAAUGUGCAUGGCAAUCCGCAAUGCUUUAGAAGUUGGGAUCAGCACCUAUCCAACAAUGGACCGUACCGACUGGGUGCUGGCCAAUGCUGCACAAAUUGUCCUGAAUGGAUCGCAAGUGUUUUGGACAUCAGAAGUGGAAGAAGCCUUCGAUGGAAACGUGUUGGAAGACUAUGCGAAGAAGCUUUCACAGCAGAUCCUGGAUUUGAUUAUGCUCCUCCGCAAGGGCGUGAACAAGCUGCAGACAAAGACCAUGAACGCACUGAUCGUCAUUGAUGUCCAUGCCAAGGAUGUUAUUUGGGGCUUCGUUGAGCAGCAGGUGAAGGACAAGACCUCCUUCGAAUGGAUCUCUCAGCUCCGCUACUACUGGGAAGUCGAUGACCGCCAGCAGGAGAAUAUGUGGGUGAAGUGUGUUCAGACUUCCUUCCCAUAUGGAUAUGAGUACUUGGGCAAUUCCAUGCGCUUGGUGAUCACGCCUCUGACAGACAUGUGCUACAUCACUUUGAUGGGCGCGCAAUCACUUAGCCUUGGUGGUGCACCAGCUGGCCCGGCUGGCACCGGAAAGACUGAGACAACCAAAGACUUGGCAAAGGCCCUGGCUAAGCAGUGUGUGGUCUUCAACUGCUCACCAGAGAUGGACUACAUUAUGGUCGGGAAGUUCUUUAAAGGUCUAGCCUUUUCUGGUGCCUGGUGCUGCUUCGAUGAGUUCAACCGGAUUAACAUUGAAGUGCUGUCCGUCAUUGCACAGCAGCUUAUGGUACUCUUCGGUCGCAAAGCAGAGCUUGGCAGCUACAACGAAACGGUCGAGCUUGAGUUUGAAGGAACGUUGAUUGUCAUGAAGCCGACCUUCAACGUCUUCAUCACCAUGAAUCCAGGCUACGCCGGUCGUGCAGAGCUUCCAGAUAACUUGGCCGCCCUUUUCAGACCAGUGGCAAUGAUGGUCCCUGAUUAUGCUUUGAUCGGCGAGAUCAUGUUCUAUGCCUAUGGCUUCACGGAAGCGAAGGUGCUGGCCAAGAAGAUGGUUACGACCUUUACUUUGUCGUCUGAGCAGCUUUCCUCGCAGUUCCAUUAUGACUACGGCAUGCGAGCGGUCAAGAGUACGAUUGAGAUGUGCGGCAAGCUGAAGCGGGAGGUUGGUGACUUGCCAGAAGACCAGAUCACCCUUCGCGCCUUGAGAGAUGUGAACGUGCCCAAGUUCCUCAAGGACGACUUGCCCCUCUUCGAGAACAUCAUCUCUGACCUGUUUCCCGAAACGGAUCGCCCUGUUGUCGAGUAUGGCAACUUGACCCCGGUGAUGGAAGCCUGUGGGAAGGAGCAGAACUUGCAGCUCACAGAGAACUUUACUAUCAAGGUGGUGCAGCUGAUCGACACCAUCGGAGUGCGGCAUGGAUUGAUGCUUGUCGGGCCCACGGGAGGUGGUAAAACAUGCAAUUAUCGCUUGCUACAAGCCACUUCCAUUGCCAUGUGUGAGGCUGGUGAUACGAAGUAUCAGAAAGUGCAGACACACAUCCUGAAUCCCAAGUCCAUCACCCAGGCACAGCUGUAUGGCGCCUUCGAUGAAGUCACACGGGAAUGGUCUGACGGCGUGGCGAGCGAGUGUGUGCGCACAGCCGUGGCAAGCGGCAAGUCGGGAUGCCCCGACAAUCAUUGGGUCAUUUUCGAUGGACCGGUGGAUGCUCUUUGGAUUGAGUCCAUGAACACUGUGUUGGAUGACAACAAGAAGCUUUGCCUCACCUCGGGUGAAAUCAUCUCCCUGACGCCACAGAUGAGGAUGGUUUUUGAAGUCGAGGACUUGUCAGUUGCCUCACCAGCCACUGUGAGCCGAUGUGGCAUGGUCUACAUGGAGCCUUCAGCUCUUGGCAACGAGCCCUUGGUUCAGUCUUGGUGUGAGCGCCUGCCCUCGACGUUUAAGCCGGAGAUGUGCGAAAAGCUGCAGGAGCUCAUGUUGGAUUUCACCCUUCCCAUGAUCCGAACUGUGCGGAAGCAGUGCAAGGAGCCUUCAGUGACUGUGGACAACAACAUUUGCCAGUCACACUUCAGGCUCCUUGACUGCUACUUUGCCAACUACAUCCCCACAGAGGCAAGAACUCCAAGUCCAGAUGAGAUCAGCAAGCUUCAGUCCCACCUGAUUCCGCUCUACUUCUUCACGCUGGUUUGGUCCGUGGGUGCUACCUGUGACAACAAAGGGCGACAGACUGUCAAUGACAAACUGUGGGAAAUGGUCAAGGAGAAGGGUGUUGAGGUUGGUGGCAACCUGGACAGCAGCAUGUUCUGGUAUGACUACAUCUACGAGCUUGAGGGCGAUCGAGAAGGCCAAUGGACUCCUUGGUUGACCUUUGCUCCGAAGUAUAGCGUGCCUCCACGUUCCGAGUACCAGAACAUCGUGGUGCCAACGGUGGACUCCAUCCGUUUGACGCACACCUUUUCCACGCUGCUUCUCAAGGACAAGCAUGUUAUUGUUGCCGGCCAAACAGGCACUGGAAAGUCUGUCUACUUGUCGCUGUGGCUACAGAAGGAUGCGCCAGAAUCCAUCCUGCCAAUUUUCAUCAACUUCUCAGCGCAGACGCACGUGAACCAGUUGCAGGACCUGUUGGACUCCAAGUUCGAGAAACGGCGGCGCGGUGUUUAUGGCCCUCCCGCUGGCAAGAAGAACGUGAUUUUUAUUGAUGACCUGAACAUGCCCAAGAAGGAGUAUUAUGGAGCACAGCCGCCCAUCGAACUGAUCCGUCAAUGGAUGGACUACAAUGGCUGGUAUAACCGCAAGGAGUUGAAGGUGCAGGAGAUUAUUGACAUUGUUCAUGUCUCCGCCAUGGGACCCCCUGGAGGCGGACGCACCGAGAUUUCAGGACGCUUGAAGAGGCAUUACAAUGCUGUCGUGGCAGCAGACAUGUCUCGUGACUCCAUUUUCGGCAUCUUCUCAACGAUUCUGGACUACUUCCUGCAACAAGGUUUCGAUAAAUCCAUUUGCGAUCUGAAGGACAACAUUGUGAACUGCUCGAUCGACACCUUUGAAGCUGCUGGAACCGAUCUGUUGCCCACUCCAUCAAAGAGCCAUUACACUUUCAAUCUGAGAGAUAUUUGGAAGGUAUUCCAAGGAAUCUGUUCGCUGAAGUCCAAGAGGGUCUCGGAUCCUUUGGUUGUUACGCGAUGCUUUUGUCAUGAGAACAUUCGAGUCUAUGGCGACCGAUUGACCACGGACGAAGAUCGCUCCUGGCUGCGAGGGAAGCUGGACCAUCAGCUGAGCACGUCCUUUGGUGUUGACCCUGUCUUGGUCUUUGACAAGGAGCGGAUGGUCUUCGCAGACUUCAUGAGCCAAUCUGGAGAACGUGUGUAUUUGGAGGUGGAUAGCAUGGGGGCUAUGAAGACGGUGAUGGAAGGCUUUCUGGAUGACUACAACAACAUGUUCUCUGUGCCAAUGCCCCUGGUGAUGUUCGCGGAUGCCUGUGAGCAUGUCGCUCGUGUCUGUCGGGUCUUGCGGCAGCCCAGCGGCAAUGCCUUGCUCUUGGGUGUGGGUGGAUCCGGUCGGCAGUCUCUUUCACGCCUGGCCAGCUUCAUGUCUGAAUAUGAUAUCUUCCAAAUUGACGUUGUGAAGGGAUAUGGCAUGACGGAGUUCAAGGAUGACUUGAAGACAUGCCUCAUGAAGUGUGGCAACGAGCAGAAGCCGACCACCUUCCUCUUUGCGGACACGCAGAUUGUGAACGAGCAAAUGGUAGAGGCCAUCAACAAUGUCUUGAACUCGGGUGAUGUUCCCAACCUCUACAAAACCGAGGACAUGGACUCCAUUAUGCAAGCUUGUCGAGCUGCCUGCCAGCAGGCUGGCAUUCCACCGACCAAAGCCAACGUCUUCAGCACAUACUUGUCUAGAGUCAAGGCAAAUGUACACGUCGUUUUGGCUUUCUCUCCCGUCGGUGAUGCCUUCCGCACACGCCUUCGCAUGUUCCCUUCGCUGGUGAACUGCUGCACGAUCGACUGGUUUGCCGAAUGGCCAGCAGAGGCUCUUUACAGUGUCGGCAAGCAGCAGAUGACUCUUGAGGACUUGAAGCUUCCAAACCUGGAAGGCAUGCUGAAGGUCUUCUCUGUGGUUCAUCAGUCCGUUGAGAAAGCUGCAAAGAGGACCAUGGAGACUGUGAGGCGGGCCAUUUACAUCACGCCCACCUCAUAUUUGGAGCUGAUCUCCUCCUUCAAGAAGGUUCUGGCACUGCGACGAGAUGCGGUGGGCACCCUCAAAAAUCGGCUGCAGAAGGGAUUGGAUGCUCUUGGAGCAGCAGCCUAUGCCGUGGCCAACAUGCAAAGUGAGUUGGAAGCCAAGCAACCUGUGCUGGAAGAGACCAAAGUGAAGGUUGCCAACAUGAUGGUGGUCAUCACAGAGGACAAGGCCAAGGCUGCAGUCACCAAGGAGGAGUGUCAGGUUGUAGAGGCAGAGGCCAAGGAGCAGGCUGAGAAGGCCACUGCAAUCAAGGAAGAUGCUGAGAAAGAUUUGAAUGAGGCAUUGCCAGCGCUGAACGUGGCUGAGAAGGCCCUGAAAGCACUGAAACUGUCCAGUUUGCAGGAGAUCAAAGCUUUGGGAAAGCCCCCUGAUGGUGUCCGCCUCACCCUAGAGGCCGUGUGCGUCAUGUUCCAGAUCAAGCCCAUCAAGAAAGCGGACCCAAAUCAGCCUGGCAAGAAGAUCGAUGACUACUGGGAGGCAUCCCAGAAGGGACCCUUGAGCGACCCCAAGAAGCUGCUUGAUGACCUCUUUGAGUUUGACAAGGACAACAUUGCAGAGCCAGUCAUCAAGAAGAUCUCGGAGUACGUGGAUCGUGAGGACUUUGAUCCUGCUGCCAUCAAGAAGUCCUCAGUGGCCUGUGAAGCUUUGUGUAUGUGGACGAGAGCUAUGCACAAAUAUCACUUUGUGGCCAAAGCGGUUGAGCCAAAGCGAAGGAUGCUGGCAGAUGCAGAAGCGAGCUUGGAGAUCACGAUGACGAAGCUGCGGAACGCCCAAGCGGAGCUCAAGGCAGUGGAAGACAAGCUUGCCCAAUUGGAAGCAGACUACAACGAUGCUGUGGCAAAGCAGGAGCAGCUGGCACAUGAGAUGGAGAUGUGUGUCAUCAAGCUUGGCAAUGCCAACAAGCUCAUCGAUGGCCUUGGCGGCGAGAAAGACAGAUGGUCUCAGACUGUUUCUCGGCUAACGGAAGAGUAUGAUCUUCUGCCGGGCGACUCACUUGUCGCAGCAGGCAUGGUAGGCUAUGCUGGUCCAUUUGCCGGUGAGUACCGCCAGAACUUUGAGAAGCUUUGGCUGAAAACCGAGGACGAAGAGGGCAUCACACACAAGCAAGGGGCUACUUUGGUGAGUGUCCUUGGACAGCCUGUCGUCAUCCAACAGUGGGCUGUUUGUGGCCUUCCCAAUGACAACCUCUCUGUAGAGAACGGUAUUGUGAUUGCGACAGCAAGGAGGUGGCCUCUGAUGAUCGACCCCCAACGGCAGGCGAACAAAUACAUCAAGCUUUAUGGCAAGAUGGCCAGUGAACAAGGAAUGGGCACAUGCAAGCUCUCCGACCCGAAUCUGCUGCAGACCGUUGAGCUGGGCAUCCAGUUCGGAAAAUGGAUCCUGUUGGAGAACAUCGGCGAGCAGCUGGAUCCUGCAUUGGAACCGGUGCUGCAGCAGCAGAAGAUUCGGGAUGGAACGUCCUUUGUUAUCAAGCUCGGUGACAAGAAUGUUGCCUACGAUGACAAGUUCCGCUUCUUUAUGACCACGACCCUCUCUAACCCGCACUAUUCCCCGGAAACGUCUGUGAAGGUGACAUUGCUCAACUUUGCAAUCACUCCCGAGGGCUUGCAGGAUCAGAUGUUGGGCAUCGUGGUUGCCAAAGAGCAGCCAGAAAUGGAAGAAAAGAAGCAGGAGCUGGUGAAGAACGGGGCAGCCAUGAAUAAGCAGCUCAAGGAUAUUGAAGAUGAGAUUCUUCGGCUGCUUUCCGCAGAGGGUGAUAUCCUGGAGAGCAAGGAGCUCAUUGACACAUUGGAGUAUUCAAAGAAGACCUCGGCUGUCAUCAACAAAGCAAUGGAGGAGGCAAAAGUCACUGAAGUUGAGAUUGACGAAGUGCGAAGGUCCUACAAGGACUAUGCGUUCAGAUCUCAACUGCUGUUCUUUGCCGUGAGCGAGAUGAGCAUUACUGAUCCCAUGUACCAGUUUAGCUUGCAAUGGUUUCAGCAGCUUGCUGGACUUAGCAUUGACAAUGCCCCGGCGGGUGAGACGCCGGCGCAGCGGCUUCAGAAUCUCAUCAGCUACUUUACCUACUCCAUUUACCAGAGUGUUUGCCGUGGGCUCUUUGAGAAGCACAAGCUGUUGUUCUCCUUCUCCCUCACGAUGAAGAUCAUGGAUGGCGAGUGCCGACUGGAUGCCAACGAGGCGCGCUUCUUGAUGGCUGGCCCAACCGGGGAGGUCAAGGGCGGACUGCCGAAUCCAGCGGAGAAAUGGCUCACCUCCAAGAGCUGGAAUGAGGUCCUGACGCUCUCCCAGAUGACUGCUUUCAAGGGUUUCGAGGCCUUCUUCGCUUCAAACGUCAAAGGCUUUCAGCGCAUCUACGAUGCCCCCGAAGCCGACAAGGAGCCGAUCCCCGGGGAGUGGGCCACCAGGAUGACGCCCUUCCAGAAGCUUUGCUUUCUAAGGACCAUCAGGCCGGACAGAAUUCAAACCUCGGUGCUGGACUUUGUCACGCACGAAAUGGGACAGAAGUUUGUGGAGCCACCAGUCUUCGACAUUGCAAUCUCUUACGAGGAUUCGACCAAGAUGUCGCCGUUAAUCUUCGUUCUCUCGGCGGGCAGCGACCCUGUGGCCGAUAUGUUGGCCUUCGCCGAAGCCAGCGGCAUGGGAGCAAAGCUUGAGAGCAUCUCUUUGGGACAAGGGCAAGGACCCAAGGCAGCGAACAUGAUCGCCAAGGCCAGAGAGAGUGGUGGCUGGGUGCUGCUCUGUAACUGUCACUUGUCCAUUAGUUGGUUGCCGGAGCUGGAACGCAUCUGCGAGCAGAUGAACCCGGAUGAUACGGACAACAAUUACAGACUUUGGCUCACCAGCAUGCCCACCAAGCAGUUCCCUGCCUUGCUGCUGCAAAACGGAGUGAAGAUGACCAAUGAGCCGCCCAAGGGCCUCCGUGCCAAUGUGCUUGGCUCCAUGAUGAAGUGCGAUGAUCGGAUGUUGUCGGAUUGUGAGAAGCCCGAAGCCUACGCACGCUUGGUCUUUGGGUUCUGCUUCUUCCACGCAGUGUGUCAGGACCGGCGAAAGUUUGGGCCGAUUGGCUGGAACAUCCCGUACAACUUCACACCUGAAGACUUGACCACCAAUCGCCGUCAGUUGAAGUAUUUCCUUGACAACUUUGAUGAGAUCCCAUAUACUGUGUUGCAGUUCCUGGGCUCUCGCAUCAACUAUGGUGGUCGUGUCACUGACAAGAAAGACAAGGUACUGAUCGACUGUUUGAUCAAGAUCUUCAUUUGUGAAGAUGUGGUGCUGAAAGGCGCAGACUACCAUUUCUCGCCCAGUGGAAUUUUCCACUGCCCAAAUGCAUCUUCUCAGGACGAAUUCCUAUCGUAUCUUCGUGCUCUUCCCAUCAUGACCCCUCCAGAGGUCUUCGGCUUGCAUGAGAACUGCGAGAUUACCUGCGCAGAGGCUGAGUCGAUGUCCAUGUUGUCGGACAUCAUGGCACUCAAUGCCGGGGGCUCUUCGAGCUCUGGUGGCGGAAAAUCUGCUGAUGAAGUGAUGGACGAGCUGGCCGCAGAACUGGAGAAACAGACUCCAGAUCCUUGGGAUUUGGACAAUUGGGAGGAGCGUUUUCCGACGAAGUACGAGGAGUCUCGGAACACAGUGGUAAAGCAGGAGGCUGCCAAAUACAACAAGUUGCUGUCCCUCCUGAAGGUCCAACUGCCACUCUUCCGGCGAGCGGUGAAAGGCUUUGUGGUCAUGACAGAUGAGUUGGAAGCCAUUGGCAAGGGCCUCUUUAUGAACACUGUUCCAGAAGGCUGGGCCACAGUUGGUUUCCUGUCCCUGAAGCCACUGACUGCGUGGUACAAGGACUUGAACGAUCGGAUCGAUUUCUUCAACAAGUGGUAUGAUGGAGGUCACCCAAUUUCAUUCUGGCUCUCAGGCUUGUUCUUCCCGCAGGCAUUUUUGACUGCGGUCAUGCAGAACUUUGCUCGAGCUCACAAGUAUCCCAUUGACCGUAUCGACUUUGACAUAGAGGUCAGAGAUGACGUGCAACUGGACGGAAGCGAUUUGACCCAACACCCAGAGGCUGGAUCUUACAUGUACGGGCUCUUCUUGGAGGGCUGCCGGUGGGACAACAAGAUGCAUGCUUUGGGUCCAUCGCUGCCAAAGGUGCUGUUUACACAGGUGCCAGUGGUGCACUUCAUUCCGACACUGGACUUCAAGGGCAAGCCUGGGGUAUAUCCUUGCCCUGUUUACAAGGUCCUGAGCCGGAAGGGUACACUUUCGACCACCGGACACAGCACCAACUUUGUCCGCGACAUGAUCUUGCCGACCAUCGACAUCCCAGAUGUUUGGAUCCGUGCGGGAGUGGCUGCUUUCCUGGCGCUGAAGUAUUGAGGGGCAAAUAGAGAUGCGAUUUCCGAUUCCAUGAGGUGUAGUCAGAGUUCCCUGGUCAUGCCCAAAGUGUUAGUUUCUUGG